UGAGAGAAGUUUCAGUGGUCUCAGAAGGCUAAAAACAUGGCUUCGUACCAUGAAACAAACACGGCUGAAUAGUGUUGCUGUGUGUCAUAUACACAAGGAAAAACUUGAUCAGUUAGCGAGAAAAAAGAUCGCUCAACAAUUUGUGGCCUGCAAGGAAAGCCGAAAAAUUCAGUUUGGAAGUUUUGAUUAAAAAUCUCACUUCAAUUUUGAAAAUAUUAAAACCUUGUAAAUACAUUGAUUUAGGUUUUAUUGAUAUAUUUUCAUAAAAUGUCUGUUGUAUAAAAUUACUGUACAUGAAUCGCAUAAAUGCCAGACUAUAUUUUAAAUUCAAAACUUUGAGUAGUUUGCAUGACUGGAUAUUACUGAUGGUUGUCAGCAAAUAUGUAAACAAAAUUAAAGAUUUAUCUUACCUUGCACCCUUUCACUGUAGCACUAUGAGAUGUUAAAUUCAGCUCUGGUCUGUCUGUUUGUCUGUCUUUGUGACCAAUGCAGUGGUGAAGUAAGAAUUGCACACUCUCUACAUACAAAAGAGGAGGAGUUUGUAGUCAAAAGGAGAGAAACUGUUUUUCAAAGCCUGCAGAAACUCAACAUACCCUGCAGUCAGAAUAAAGUGCCACACAUUGCAUUAUUAAGUUCUGGAGGAGGACAAAGAGCCAUGGUGGGUUUGCUGGGAUCCCUGGUUCAGCUUGAUGAAGUGGGUCUUCUGGACUGCAUCCUUUAUCUGAGCGGAGUCUCUGGAUCCACCUGGUGCAUGGCCUCCUUAUACCAAGAACCAGACUGGUCCACCAAACUAGAGACCGUGAAAGACAGAAUCAUCAAGAAACUCAGCGGACCAGGAGUCAGCUGGGGAGACGCAAUUGCCAAACUGAAGAAAUAUUACAAUGGGAAAGACUUCUUCAGCUUGACUGACGUCUGGGCAGCGAUGGUCGUCACAACAUACAUGAAAGAGAUAGAUGAACACACUCUGACAGAUAAGUGGUCCCAACUCGGUAAAGACCCAUUUCCCAUCUACACAGUGACUGACAAACAAAGCAAACAGGAGGAGGGAGGAGACCCCUGGUUUGAGAUCACUCCACAUGAAGCAGGUUAUUCCCUCACUGGAGCGUUUGUGGACACCUCCAGCUUCGGCAGCCAGUUUGACAACGGCUCAAAGAAAAAACAGCAGCCUGAAAUGGACAUGCUGUACCUGCAGGCUCUGUGUGGCGGUGCUUUAGCUGGAGAAGAUAGUAAAGAAUUAAUCUGGGGAAAAAUACAAGAUUUCCUUAAUCAUUCAAGACCUACGAAAGAAAUGAAUAUGUUUGAGGAAAUGAAGGAAGACCCAAACUCCCCACCUGUAGAAAAGUGUUACCAGGUUCUCAAGGAUCUUGUGGACAUGAAUCUCUGUGUUUUAAAUGUCAAAGAUCCUUCUGCUCUUGAUCAAACCAUCAGAAAAACACUGAACGACCUAGCUGGAGGCAAAAGUCAGCUGAUUUUUCCUACAGAAAAACUGAAUGUUGCUGAUAAAGAAGCUGCAAAACUGUAUAUGAAGCAAUACACUGAGGAUGUGUGUAAUUAUUUGAGUCAAUUCAGUUUGGGGCCUUUAGACAUUUUCUUGAGCACUUGUAGAUGCGUGGCUCAGUGGAUCUGGGGCAGGAAUUAUAACUUCCUUCACAGAAUGACAGAUGAAACCUUACCUUCCGCUCUUCUGAAAACUGAGAUGAGAGACUUUGAAGAUGCAGGACUAUUACUCAACUCACCGUACAUCUCAGUGCUGAGAAAAGAACGAAACAUUGACCUCAUCAUUUCCCUGGAUUUCAGUGAAGGCGAUCCUUUCAUGACAGUGAGAGAAGCUGCUGAGAAGUGCAAGAAACUAAACAUCCCUUUCCCUGAAGUCAAUAUUCCCAGUGAAGACCUGAAGAAACCAAAGGACUUCUAUGUGUUCAAAGGCCAAAACACUCCAACCGUGAUUCACAUCCCUCUGUUUAACGUGGUCAACUGUGGAGAUGAAGUUGAGGCCUGGAGGAACAAAUAUCGCACCUUUCAAGGUCCUUACAGUGCUGAGAUGAUCACUGAUCUUAUGGAGGUCGCUGGAAAAAACAUCUCAAACAACAGAGAGAAACUGAAGGAGCAGAUUGCGGCGGUCGUUGGGUGAAAAGGACACAACUGAUGAGAAUCUGAAUAUCAGUGGUGUGCAGCGUUCUGAACAGAGGAGGCCUUGCUGUUUAUUUGAACGUUUUUCUCUUUUUACGUAAAGUUCCGUGCUAGUUACACUUAAUGCUGACACAUUUUUUUUCAGGUUAAAUAACUGAUGUUAAGCUGUUCUUUAGUCAACACAUUUUCAGAGACCAUCAAACUGAGAAAAAAAAAGCUCAUUGAUUGUUUUCCAGUUUGAAUGUGACCUGACAUAAAGUGGUGAUAUCUGAGUGAGUUGUUGACGUUUUAUUAGUCUUCUCAUUAACACCAUUUGUUCAUUCAGAUGGAUUUGCAGAUGCAGAAUGUAAAUGGAAUUGAGAGGCGGGGUUUAACAGUGUAACCGGCCAAUCACAUCACAGCACAACGGAGGCACUCUUCUAUUUAAUGUUUUUUGCAAACAUUAUUAAGCAAGAUAAUCAUUAAUAUUCAAAUCAACCAUAAGACAGAUGUGAUUACAAUUACUGAUUAAUAUACUGUAGUGCUUUGCCUCUGUUCCAAUGAAUUA